GUGACAUAGACGGCAGUUUCGUUCCAUUUCUGAGCAUCCCCUGCUCCAUUUUUUUUCCCUCUUAUUUAAAUUCCCCAAUUUCUCUCUCUCGCUCGCUCUCUCUCCCUCUCUCUCCUCUUGAAUCUUGCCUCUUUUUUUAUAAAAUUAAAAAAAAAAAAAAUUGCUCCUUCCUCUUUGUUCAGAAAUUUGGAUUUUAAUAAAAAGUAAAAGAUGGGGACUUUGUAUUCUAAUGGGUGUCAGCAGGGCAGUGUGAAUUUCUCAAGCCAAGCGAAGCAAAGUCUUCUCUUUCACACCUUUCAAUCUCUCAAAAGCAUGUAUGGAGGGGGCCGAAUCUAGGGUUUGACAGCACCAAGUCCAACGAAGGUCUCUCUCUCCUCUGCUGCUUUUCUUCCCAAUUUCCUCUCUCGAAAUUCAAUCCUUUAAAAAAAAAAAAAAAAAAAAAAACUUUCGUCUUCAGUUUUCUCUCUUUUGUUUACAAUCUGUGAUCUCUCACCUGGGUUUCCUUUCCUUUCUCCUGAUUUUGAUCUUAAUUAUAAUUUGGGUGUUUAUUUGGUGGGGGAAAAAAUGGGUCUUUGUUCUAUCUGUUUGGGUUGUUGAAGCUAUGAUUGUAGCUGAUAUUUAAAAGUUUUCUUUUCUUUAUAAUGGUUUGUUAAGGUUUAAGCUUUCUUUUUUUUUUUUUUUAGUUUUGAAAAUUAGGGAUUUUUCUUUUGUUGGGGGGGCUUAAAUAUGGAGGAAGUUGAAGAAGCAAACAAAGCAGCCGUUGAGAGCUGCCAUAGAGUUCUGAGUAGUUUGUCUCAGCCCCAAGAUCAAGUUCAGCGUAGGAAUUUAGUGGUGGAAACUGGGGAGGCUGUUUUUAGGUUCAAGAGAGUUGUUUCUCUUCUCAACACUGGUUUAGGUCAUGCCAGAGUCAGAAAGCUUAAGAAGCUUCCAAUCUCUUUGCCCCAAAGCAUCCUCUUAGACAACCCUAAUUGUAGUAGAACUGGAACAGACCAAACACCAUCCAAAACUCCUCUCUUUCUUCAAUCUAGUUGUUUUCCUGAAAACUCACUUCAGGAAAUGGGCUCAAAUGUCAAAAGCUCCUUGUGUUUGGGAAACCCUUCUUUGGAACUGAGCUCUAGUGGGAAAAACCCAAUCCAACUUUCCCAACAACCGAACCCGGCUGCUCACUAUCACUUCCUUCAUCAGCAGCAGCAGCAGCAACAGAGGUUGUUGCUUCAUCAGCAGCAGCAGAUGAAGCAGCAAGCCGAAAUGUUGUUCCGAAAGAGCAAUAGCGGUAUAAACCUGAAUUUCGAUAGCUCUAGUUGCACGCCAACAAUGUCAUCCACUCGGUCCUUCAUUUCCUCCUUGAGUAUUGAUGGAAGUGUGGCUAAUUUGGACGGGAGCGCCUUCCAUCUGAUCGGAGCGCCUCGCUCGUCAGAUCAGAAUUCGCAGCACAAGAGGAAGUGUUCUGUGAGGGGAGAGGAUGGGAGUGUCAAAUGUGGCAGCUCUGGUAGAUGCCACUGCUCAAAGAAGAGGAAACAUAGGGUGAAAAGAUCAAUCAAGGUGCCCGCAAUUAGUAACAAGCUUGCAGAUAUCCCUCCUGAUGAUUAUUCAUGGAGGAAAUACGGCCAGAAGCCAAUCAAGGGCUCUCCUCAUCCUAGGGGAUACUACAAAUGUAGCAGCAUGAGAGGUUGUCCGGCGAGGAAGCAUGUUGAGCGGUGCUUGGAAGACCCUUCCAUGCUCAUUGUGACCUAUGAAGGAGAACAUAACCACCCAAGGAUACAACCUCAGUCUGCAAACACCUAACCUUUAUGUAGGAGCACUUCGCAAUGACAAAGGCCAACUGCAACAACGGCUCAUGAAACUCAAUAUUCGCGAUUGGCUUGAGAUGCUCCUGUACAUAUUUUGCAUGGUUUAGAGCAUGGGGGGGAUACAUAAGUGGGGCAUUUUGUUUUUUUGUUUUUCCUCUCUUUUUGGUGCCUUUUGAGGCGUUGGCUCUUCAAGGCCUUGUGGUGGAUUGAGUGAAGAAGUCUUUUGUAGAAUUGGGGGUGGUGUAAAAUUAACUGUAAGAACAGAACUCUUCCAUCACUUAAGCAAGCAAAUUUCAUUGGAA